GGGCUGCUCCUAAGGCACGCAGGUCUCCUUCCAGAACCGCAAUCCUUUGGUGGCCGUGUAUUACACCAACCGGGCCUUGUGCUACCUGAAGAUGCAGCAGCACGAUAAAGCCUUGGCAGACUGCAAGCAUGCGCUGGAGCUAGACAGUCAGUCUGUGAAGGCCCACUUCUUCCUGGGGCAGUGCCAGAUGGAGAUGGAGAACUAUGAUGAGGCCAUCGCUAACCUGCAGAGGGCCCACAAUCUCGCCAAGGAGCAGCGCCUGAAUUUUGGGGAUGACAUUCCAAGUGCCCUGCGGAUUGCCAAGAAGAAGCGCUGGAACAGCAUUGAGGAGAAACGGAUCAAUCAGGAAAAUGAGUUGCACUCCUACCUGACCAAACUCAUCAUGGCUGAGAAGGAGAGGGAGCUGGACGAAUGCCGAAGAACACAGCAAGAGGAAAACAUGGAUGAGAACCGGGGCAGGGCUCAGCUGGCCAACAUUGAAGCCAAACAUGACAAAUACCUGGCAGAUAUGGAUGAGCUCUUCUCUCAGGUGGAUGAGAAGAGGAAGAAGCGGGACAUCCCUGACUACUUGUGUGGAAAGAUCAGUUUUGAACUGAUGCGAGAGCCCUGUAUCACGCCCAGUGGGAUUACCUAUGACAGGAAAGAUAUAGAGGAACAUCUCCAGCGUGUGGGACACUUUGAUCCUGUGACUCGAAGCCCUUUGACCCAGGACCAGCUGAUUCCCAACCUUGCUAUGAAAGAGGUGAUAGAUGCGUUCAUAUCAGAAAAUGGUUGGGUAGAAGAUUAUUGACAGGAGGGUGAAGUUGGCUUGACUGGAUUCUCUCUGCAGCCCCAGCUGUGGCAGCACAGGGAUGUCCUGCUGCAGACUGCUCUCCAAGCUUGCUGGGCUGGCACCAUGCCUUACUCACUCUCUGUCCGUCUCUCUCUCUUCUUGGAUGUCUGGAGAUCCAUUGGCAGUGCUGGACUAGGGGUGUUUUCAUAUCAUCUCCCUGAAACAGCUGGGCUGGACCAUCUGGAGCAGGAGCAUGAAGGAACCUCCCAGCUUCAUUCUUCCACUGGGUUCUUUGCAACAUGGUAGGCUGGAGAGAGACCACCUCAUGGGGGAGGGGAGUACUUGUCCUGAAGAUGGCACCCCUGGAAAGCACUUUGGGAGGAGAUGGGGCUGUGCGUGGCCAACCAGCAUCACUGCUUCUCAUCAUCUGCCUCCACAUCUCAGCUGUAGAGAAAGGCCCUCCUCCACAUCACAGCAAUCAGCUCUCCAAAGAGUUCUCUCCAGCCCUCGCCCAGCAGAAGCCCUGCUCCUGGAGAUACGUGGAAGCCUCCCAGUGGUAGUGAGGGCCAAGGGUGAGCUGUCCUCUCCUCCUCCCUCUGAAUGUACAUACUUGGUGUUCCCGUGGCACUACAUCUCCCUGCUGUCCAGCGUAGCUCUGAAUGUUGCCCUGUAAUAGCCACAUGCUGGGGAGGGGGCAGACAAUGGAUGGUAAGUUAUGGAGACAUUGACUUGGCUGAGGCUUGUUCUGGGAAAGCACUGUUCCACAGGAUGGAAGCUGGGAAUUGCUGGAGGCCCAGGGCUGUUAGUUCCCCAUUAAACACUUGGAUUUAAGUUCAUUUUUUUUUUUGUUUUAAUUAAAACCCUUUAAAAAAAAACAAGUAGAUGAAUCCUGUCUCUAGUUGCUGGGAGUUGCGGUGUAAGAUUGGCUCAGACUGCUGGCUUCCCGAGCUCGCUCUUCGGAAGCUUGCCAAUGUCAAUAAAUAUUUCAGCAAUAAGCGUUUAAAUAGCCCGAGUGGUUCAUUGCCACAGGGAUCCCUCCUUGAGAGAGGCCAGUGGAAGCUUUUCCAAUCCCUAGAGCAGAUGGGAGCUGAAGGGGAGAGCUGCAUGAUUAGGGAUACCUGAGUGAUGGUUAAGCUGCUUCCACACAGAGCUUGUUUGGAUGGGAUGCAGCACCUCCAGAGGCUCCUCGCCUCCAUGCUGUAGAUGAGGCUAGCUGCAGUCUUUGCUGGGAUGUGCACACAUACAGUGUGUCUCUUGGGUGUGAGACCUGGGCUGCCUUCCCAGUUGCAUCACGUGGUCAGGGCUGUUCAGCAGGGAGUGCAUUUAGGUUCUUGCCUUGCUGCUGAUCAGAUUCUUAAAUCUGCUCCCUUGCUACUGGAUGGUCUGGGCCUUUGUGCAGUUAGACUUCUCCCCAGACAGGAUAAUGAUGGUAUUUUGGCACUGGGUAAAACUGCUUGAGCACUUGGCAUGUCCCUCCCAUGUUUCUGCAGGUGCAAAGACUCCAGAAUGCUACUGGCAGCUUUGCCUCCUGUGUAAUCUUCACUCCAGGGGGUGGGCUCGUGGGAGUGCAUGGAGAUGCAUGUGGCUACAUGCUCUGGAGUUGGGUAUAACAGUGAAUUCCUGGCCCCUUGACAUCUUUCCCAAGAGGCAACAGUGAACAGUGGCUGCAGUGUAUAAGUACUGGGUCCUCUAGUUGAGCUUGUGGGUGAAGGGUGGCAGUGGCAGGGCACUGGCCAUGACUAUAAGGAGCUGGGGUUGGAGAUGCUUCCUUUCCUUUCUCAUGUCCUUGUGACAAGGUAUUUAGCAGAAUUUGCAGAUUCAUUGGAAUCUGACGGCUGCAUGGUAAGUGCUUCUGCUUUGGGCUUGAACGUGCAACCUCUGGGCUAUCAACCCCACACCACCCUAGCUUGGAGAUGCUGAUACUGACUCAAACAUGGGUUUUCAGUCGGUAUCACUGAGCUUUUGCUAGGUGGGAAAGGCACACAUGCAGCACCUAGCUGUAGUGACAUCUCAGGCCAGCUGCCCAGCCAGUCUGUUCUACCUAUGGAUAAAGGCAGUGUGCCCAGUAUCUAGCAGGAGGUGAGGAAGAUCUGUUUUGUCAGGCUAGUGAUCACCUUACCAUGUUCUGCAUGAUGAAGAGUGACAGCCUUGGUAAUUCUAGCUGCCUGUUGGAACUGCAGAUGCUAUUCUUUCA